AUGCUGUCUACACGGCGGUUGCUUGCGGCUGCUGGUGGCGUGGAGACGACGGUGUCGUAUCGUAAAGGGAGUUAUCACCUUGUCCCGAAGAAACACACAAUUGGAAGGCGUAUCGCGGUGCGCAGUUACCUUGACCGCAACCGGACGGAACUCUCUGACCGAACUUACAUGCCACAGAAGGCUUGGUUUGAGCCGUACACUCCGAGACAUUUUGAGAGGGAGCAUGAGGAGCUUAGCUACAACUUUUACAACAUUGAGACAAAGCUGAUUUGGACCGCCUUUGACACCCCUGAGAAGGUUGGGAUUUUACUCCACGAUGAAACCAUCAAGGGGGCAAAACACCUCUACGACAAGGAGUUUCUGGACUCCGCGUUGCACUGGACUCAGGAGGCUCGCUACUGGCGUUGCAUUGGUAUUACGAAGCCCUUUUACAACAAGACAACACUGCGGGCGCACUGCUGGCAUGAUAGGGGUAUUCAAGUUGGGACGCUUGUCCUUUCACAGGCCAUGCGUCACGCGUUAAUGGAUUUAGAGCGUGCUGUUCGACGAAAGGAAUUGGGCCUGCCACCAAACUACAUAUGGGACCGUUGGGGCCCUAUUGGUUUUAUUGAUGGCGCCAAAACUGACUAUUUGCCGCGGUUCUCACAUAACCCGUAUAUGGACCCGGACGGUGUCGAGGUGACAGAGCUCGAUGUGGCCUCAUUCAACACCCAUGAACAAAUUAAGGAACGUUAUGGGGCGUUUAUAGACCCCGACCUCACCCCAUUCGAUGGGGUCUUUCGUGCCCCUUCACAUGGCACACUAACCCUCGAAGACGUGCCGGAGCAGACGGCGGUGGAAUUGUUUCGUCAGCUUAAAUCCAAGGCAGGAACGCCAGUGUUUGUCGGUGGCGGGGCAGAAGUUGCCCCGGCUGACAUGCGUGCCCUAUUCUACCUUAGCGCGAAUCCAGAGUGGCUUGAGAAGGCUCAAGGCGUCGAUUCUUGGCAAGAGGUGCGUGAAAUGUUGGUUCCUCUACAAGAGACUUGUGACGAAAAGAUUGAAGCACUCCGGCUGUUGCAAAAUACACGCCAUGACGCGAAUCGUGUGCGCUCUUUCUAUGAGGAAAAGUGUGGCUUUGCGGAUUUUAUGUAUACUCCUGAUAAGGUUAUCACCGCGGCGGUGCUGUGUUACUUGCAGGAGUUACAUCGCAUAUGCACUGAGACAGAAUGGGGCAAACCGCUCUCCCUUGCCUUGACAGACAUGGAGAGAGCCCAAGUAAUGGGCAAGGAAGCCUUUUUGGUGUAUCGACACAUUGAGGAUGCGAUUCUUGACAAACGACGUCGGACCUGGGCGACACGCUUUGCAGGUAAGGCGAACGAAGAGAGCACCUUGGACUAUCUUCUUGAGAACUUUGGUCGUCGUACGGAGCAGAUGCGCAACGUCGGUUCCACUGGCACAGAGUUUGAUCGAGAGCAGGAACCGAUUGGCAGACAGGUGCAGAGGCGUGUUCUUGACUCGGACAAGGCUCACAAAUUGGCUGAGGCCCGCCAGAAGCGGGGUAAGAUGUGGUCCAAGAAGAAGAGCGUUUUUGACUCGCUUCAUCAGAAGCAGCUGCAAAAUGUGUCGUAUGGUAUUCGUUAA